UACUUAACGCGGAAUUGCAUACCUUCCUUCACGGCUCAGGAGCCCUAAUUUCCCCAACUUCCAUCAAAUUUCAGGCUCCAAUUUCAGCAUUCGACAUCUGUUCAAUUCGAAAUUCGUAAGUUAGGGUUUUGAUUGGGGGCGAAAUGGCGAUGCUGUUGGAGGAUAUUUUGAAGUCGGUGGAGCUCUGGUUGAAGCUCAUCAAGAAGCCCCAGCCCUACGUGGACCCUCAUCUCGACCCGGUUCUGCUGGUUCCUGGUAUCGCCGGUUCGGUCUUGAACGCUGUCGAUGAAGAGAGUGGUGCGGAGGAGCGCGUCUGGGUUCGGAUCCUUAGUGCUGACUACACGUUUCGGACCAAGCUUUGGUCUCGUUUCGAUCCUUCAACAGGUAAAACUGAGUCUAUGGAUCCAAAAGCAAGGAUAGUGGUCCCUGAAGGUAGAUAUGGACUUCAGGCAAUUGACGCCUUGGACCCUGACAUGGUGAUUGGACAGGAAGGUGUAUAUUAUUUCCAUGACAUGAUUGUUGAAUUGACCAAGUGGGGUUUCCAAGAGGGGAAAACAAUUUUUGGGUUUGGAUAUGAUUUCCGCCAAAGCAACAGGCUGCAGGAGACAUUGGAUCGCUUAGCUGAAAAAUUAGAGGCAGUGUAUGAGGCUUCUGGAGGGAAAAAGAUAACCAUCAUAACUCAUUCUAUGGGGGGCCUUCUUGUGAAAUGUUUCAUGUGCUUGCAUAGUGAUGUUUUUGAGAAAUACGUGAACAAGUGGAUUGCAAUUGCUGCACCAUUCCAGGGUGCACCUGGAUAUGUCACAUCUACCUUUUUAAAUGGAAUGUCAUUUGUUGAUGGGUGGGAACAGAAUUUUUUUAUAUCAAAAUGGAGCAUGCACCAACUGCUUAUUGAGUGCCCAUCAAUAUACGAGUUGAUGGCUUGUCUUAAUUUUCAAUGGGAACAUCCUCCGCUUCUGGAAAUGUGGAGAGGUAGGCCUGAUGGUGACGGGAAAUCUCAAAUUAUGCUAGAGUCUUACCCCCUGGUAGAGAGUGUACAGAUUUUUAAGGAAGCUCUUGCAAAUAAUACGGUCAAUCAUAACGGUGAAGAUAUUCCCCUACCAUUUAAUAUGGAAAUCUUGAAAUGGGCUAAUGAAACACGCAAGAUCAUAUCUCAGGCGAAACUUCCUCCUCAAGUUAAAUUCUACAAUAUAUAUGGGAUGAAUCUCGAGACACCUCAUAGUGUUUGCUAUGGGAAUGAAGGAACACCUGUCACAGAUCUACAACAGCUGCGAUAUUUCCAGCCUAAUUAUGUAUGCGUUGAUGGUGAUGGGACAGUCCCAGUGGAAUCUGCUAAGGCAGAUGGGCUUAAUGCUGCCGCAAGGGUUGGAGUCCCUGGCGAGCACCGAGGAAUUCUCUGUGAGCACCAUGUAUUCCGGAUACUGAAGCACUGGCUGAAGGCAGACCAUGACCCGUACUACAACCCUGUAAACGAUUAUGUGAUUCUACCCACUGCAUUUGAAAUGGAGAAGCACAAAGAGAAAGGUCUGGAAGUAACUUCUCUAAAAGAGGAGUGGGAAAUCAUCUCAGAAUGCCAAGACGCUGAUCACAAGAAUUCUCAUUCAGCCGCCGCUGAUGAAAAGCCUGUGGUGAGUUCCAUAUCCGUUUCUGAAGUGGGAGCUGAGGCCUGCGCAACUCUUACUGUUCACCCUCAGAGCGAGGGAAAGCAGCAUGUGGAGCUGAAUGCUCUAAGUGUGUCAGUCGAUGCCUGAAUAUAAGUAACGCAUCCUCGGUUGUAUUUCAUGAAACAAUGCUCUUCUGUAUAUAUCCAUUCAUGUGCUCGGAUUCGCUUGUGUGAUUGUAACGUGUAGAUAGGAGCUGCUCAUGAAAACAGAGCUGCAUUCUUUCGUGAAUGUUGGAUAUGCAGGUGUCCUUGUAUAUAUAACAAGACCUUCAACUCAUUGGCAGAUAAUACAAUGAGUUGUUCUAACUGAUGUCAAAUGACACUUUUGUGCCUUA